UUGCCUCUCGCCGGUGAUCGUCAUCACAGCGCUCAGCCUGCUCUGUCUCAUCCGGCUCGGAACCGUCCAGAGAGCAGAGAAAUCGAAGAAAUCGUCGAACCCAGGAGCGAGAUCGUAGAGAAAACUGAUUCUUUAAAACCAACUGCGAAAAGGGAUUUCGGCGAGUGGGACGUCGGCGCGCCAUUGGAGGUAAUCUACGAGGAAGGCGGAGAAGGAGACGACGGUGGCCCUCCGCCCAAUUCGAAUUUGGGUGAUGCAAUUGAUGGGAGAAACGGGGAGGAAGGGAAUCAGGCGGGUUGGAGAGGUACCCUUCUUUGUCAAUGUAUUACCCCUGAAACCAACUCCGAUUGCUUGUCGGACGGCGGCGGCGAGGGCUUUUCGACCACCGGAGGGUGGGAUUUGGCGGCGAAAGGGGAAGGUUCCAGUGGGAAGAGGAGGACAGAGAAGAGUUGUUGA